CACUGAAACAAUAGAAGUUCAGAUAAAAUUUAAGUGAAAUCAAAAUUCGCAGUUUCAUGGGUGAGGGAGUGAAAAUAACAAUUCCCCAAUUGAAAUUUGAAAAGCGGCCGAUUAUUUCAGUAAAAAGUGACCAAUUGACGGUAUAAACCCUCCAUCACCUAUGGCUUUCUAACCGGAUAAUUAUUUUUGACAUUUUUGAAAGUCUCCUAAAUAAAUACCUGCCAACUCAACUAUAAAAAUGAGAGAGAGAAACGCCCUUCAUUUUUCCAUUUAUCUCCAUUCUCCCAUUAUCUAAUCAUGCAGCUCUCGUGGUUAUCCUAUGCCGUGGGUUUGGUGUCCUUGACCUUGGUCAAUGCAGCUAAUCCGUUGCCUGGAAGUCCAUUGAUGCAUCCUUCCAAAGGUCCCUUAAAGGGCCCUUAUGUCGCUCCUACCACACCCAAAUAUGAUUAUGCCGAAGUGCUUCACAAGAGUUAUCUCUUUUAUCAUUCUCAAAAAUCCGGCGUUUUGCCUUAUCAACGUUUGGCUUGGAGAUCAGAUUCUUGUAAAGUAUGUGUGGGUGACUUUGGUGAAGAUCUUUCCCGUGGUUGGUAUGAAGCCGCCAAUACCAUGAAGUGGGGUUUGCCCUUGGGUUGGACUGUCACCCAAUUAGCCUUUAAUAUCAUGAUGUUUGAAGACUCGAUGAAUUCCGUGGAUGAAUUAGCCGAAGGUCUUGAACUAUUAAAAUGGGGUGCAGAUUAUAUUGUAAAUGCCCAUUACAAUGAUACCUAUAUCGUGGGUCAAUUAGGAACUUCUGCCAUCGGUCCUAUCUCCAAACAAGUAGAAUUGGAUGUUGAUUUCAAUUAUUGGGGUCCACCGGAAGAAUAUGAGGAAUGGGUACCCACAGGUUUACCUCACAAGGCUUAUUAUCUCUCACCCGAAAAUCCUUCUUCCGAAAUCAUUGGUGAAUACAGUGCUGCUUUAGCUGCUAUUUCCAUCACUUGGCGUAAACACAAUGAGACCUAUGCAGAUACCUUGAUUGAUCACGCAAAAAGACUCUAUACCUUUGCCACAGAUAACCCAGGUAGUUAUGUCACUUCAAGACAAAAUGCUUUCCAAUGGGCUGCUUUCUGGUACCCUUCCACACGUUAUGAAGAUGAAUUGGCUUGGUCUGCUGCCUGGAUUUAUGCUGCUACCAAGGAUCCUUUCUAUCUGGAAGAAGCCAAGAGAUGGUACUUGUUAUCCUCUGAUUCAUGGACUGAAUACUCUUGGGAUGAAAAGGGAGGAGGACUUCACGUCUUAUUGUACGCCAUUACUAAGGAUAAAAUGUUUUAUAAUAAUGCCAUGGACUACUUUAACCAGUUCUUACCGGGAAGCCCUAAACAAAUCGUCAAAUUCACACCGCGUGGUUUGGCCUAUAUCGAACAUUGGGGUUCAGUCGGUUAUUCCGGUAAUGUUGCUUUCUUGAUGAUGGCCUUUGCCAAGUCUAUUGGCUAUGAAACCGAUGAAUCCAAAGCCAUGACCACGUUUGCUGUGCAGCAAAUCAAUUACGCCUUGGGUGAUUAUGGGUACAGUUGGGUUGUGGGUUUCGGUGAUAAUUACCCUUCCAAACCUUAUCACAAGUCAUCGUAUAACUCUUAUAUCGAUUAUCCCAUGCGUGGUCAAUUCCAAGACAAGGUGGAGGAUGAUUUCUCUCAGUCCAAGACCAACCAACGUUUCAUUCUUUACGGUGCUGUGGAAGGUGGUCCUAAUAUUGACGAUACUUGGUAUGAUGAUCGUUCCAAUUAUGAAUACUCAGAAGUUACCCAAGACUAUAAUUCUGCUUGGUCAGGUGCUAUUGCUGGUUUGAUUGACUUUUAUGGGGCUGAAAAGUUCGAACCAUUCACCGAUUGUGAUUUGGAUUUGGGUUGGUCCCAUCCAAACGCAUCAGAGCCGCCCGCAUGGCCUGAGGAUGAUUGUUAUCAUACCUGUAAUAAGGGUUGUCCACGUGGUGAGAUGAAAUCUUCCUAUGCUUGGAAAUUAUUAUCGGAUCCUCAAGACAAGAUACAUGAACAUUUGGAGGUACUUUACCCAGGCCGUGGACUUGCUAAAGCAGCAGCACUGGAUGGUAAAACUGUAGAAGAUUUAAAAUCCAUGGGUGUUGUUGUAGAUAAUGUUCAACAAGACGGAGAUAUAAGUGGUGCUUCUGAUACUAGUAAACAAACAACAAGUCAAGCCAAACGUACAACAUCAUCUACUUUAAUACUUUCUUUCACUGUUGUCUCUUCUGCUGCUGCUGCUAUUUUCGCUUGGGUCUCUUAG